GUGAACUGAGAUGACACAAGAUUGAAAAGGCGACUGACGACAUAAUUUUAUCGUCGCGAUAAAUUGAGAGUUGAUUUUCUUCGCGAAACUUGACUCGCGCUUUCGAGGAAUACUUUCUUAUCCGACGACUAUUUGUACACGUAUCACUUCGGGAAGACUUUUGCAUCCAACAAGAUAUUGCAAAUCCGUCGAUCGGGGGAAGUUGCAGUCAAGUUUCCCACAGACGCAUGACUCGUUCAUCGGCUUCGUAGUGGGGAUCACGGUAAAGCCGAUUUAUAUAGAAGGAAUUCUUACCACAACAGCUUCAGUUUCGAACGGUGAAUCGCACGAUCAUUAAAUCUUCCAGUCCCGUUGGAUAACAUUGGUGAAAUCUUCUUGUGUUUAUUGAGUUCACGCCAGAUAUUCGAUAUAUCAUCAUGAUUAAAUACAUUAUACUCUUUGGAGCCAUAUUCUACAUGGUGCAGUCGCAACGGCCAUUUCAUGCUGGUAGCAGUAAUCGUACUCAGCUCCAAGUUCUGCCUCAAUAUAUCGACGAGCGAAUAGCGGCAGAACAAGCAGGUCAAACAACUCAAGGAGCUCAAGGAAUUCCAGUGAAUCAAGGGACUCAAGGAAUUCCAAUGAACCAAGGGACUCAAGGAGUUCCAGUGAACCAAGGAGCUCAAGGAAUCCCUGUGGGUUUUCAAGGAAUUCCAACAGGCCAAGGAGCUCAAGACAUUCCAGUGCGUCAAGGGACUGAAGGAAUUCUCGUAUGUCAAUGUCCAACUAACCAAGGGACUCAAGGAAUUCCAAUCUACCAAGGGACUCAAGGAAUUCCAAUCUACCAAGGGGCUCAAGGGAUUCCAGGCUACCAAGGAGCUCAGGGAAUUCCAACCUACCAAGGGGCUCAAGGAAUUCCAAGCUACCAAGGAGCUCAAGGAAUGCCAAACUACCAAGGGGCUCAAGGAAUUCCAGGUUACCAAGGAGCUCAAGGAAUGCCAAACUACCAAGGAGCUCAGGGAAUUCCAACCUCUCAAGGGGUUCAAGGAAAUCCAAUGGGUCAGGGAUCUCAAGGGACGUUAACGGUUGGAAACCGAAUUGAUGCACCGACCAUAAAUCCAGCCGAUUUACCAGUCGAUGCUCACGGCGAUGUUGACCUGGUGAACAGGAUCAAGACUUGGCCGAGAGAAAAACAACCUUUCUGGUACAUCAACUGGCAGGCGAUCCAAGCCCAUCGUGGUGACGUAAACAACACCGCCCAGCCAGUUCAGACGCAACCGAGCACGAGAUCAUUCUUCGCGGGUUAAGACAUCGGACAAAUUCUAAACUGGACGAACGACAAGACUGUAAAUUUAAGCAUUUGCUUUUAGCAAUGGGAUAAGGGUGCGAUCCUCGAUAUUUAUGGCCGUUGACGACAGCGGUUAUUCCUAGUCAAAGCCGUCUCUGUCAAGUAAUACACUCUUUAAUUUUUUUGCGGUGGAAUCUCACUUUUAUAAAAAGUGAAAACUCAGCUAUUACUUUUUCAAGACUCGCUGAAUUUUUUCAUUCUUUAGAGUGAAAUUCAAAGAAUUUAGAGAGUACGUGAAUCAGGAUUAUCAUAUAGAUUCGGUUUCUCGAGGAUAGAGAAUUCGAAUACGAUCGAAUAUGAAUGUCAUAUUAUAUUUGUGCGAAUACUGCGAAUUCGCAUGACUUGUUUUUACAAUAGCAUUAAUAAUCGAAUUUUUAUACGAGAAGACAAAUGACGAUAUUAUGUAACUCAAUUUACAAAAUAAAUUGUAAUAUUUGUAGAAAAUAA